AUGAUAGAAAUCAAUAAGAUAAGAGCUCAAGAACGGUUCGGCACAUGGAAACUGCAAAUUUAUCUGCUGACGGAAGACAGUUGUCUAGCCAAAUACUGUUUCAACUAA